UGGCUCCACGACAGCUCACGUCACACAAUAGGGCUCACCCUGCUAUAAAAUGUGAGGUGUGCGCAUGCAGCAGUCAUCCCCCUACUCUCUCUCGCCUCUACCCCAUCCCUCCCUCUGUCUCUUUCUCUCUGUCUCCAACUCUUUCCCUCUUUUCCUCUCGCACAGUCUCAAGGAUCUUCGUCUCAGUGAGCAUGAAGAGACACAGCUGAGUGGACACUGACACCGGAUCCUGCACCAGUGGAUACUGAUAAACCUGCAACUCUGCAACUGAGAGCUCAGACUUCGGCACCUUCAAUCAGACACAUACAGUUUCAACAUCAUGACCAGAAAGGUAUUCACCAACACAAGAGAGCGCUGGCGCCAGCACAAUGUCAACACCGCCUUCGCUGAGCUCCGCAAGCUCAUCCCCACUCACCCACCAGAGAAGAAGCUGAGCAAGAACGAGAUCCUGCGCUUGGCCAUGCGCUACAUCAACUUCCUGGUGCAGCUGCUGGAGAGCCAGAGCGGCCAGCCAAGCAGCCACUCAUCCACCGCUCUGCUCACCUUCCUCAGAGGAAACAUGGAGCGCCUGCACUCCCCUCCCCACCCCUGGGCCCUGACCAGCGACACUGAAGUCCCCUCUCCAGGGUCGAGCUGUGACAGCUCUGAGGCCUGGUAGAAACAGAGACACAAUGGGAAAAAACAGCUCUCUGACUCUCUGAGCGUCCUGCCAGCUCUAAAAACUGAUGUGUCCUUUCUGAGGAAAUCAGUUUUGUCUGCGUUUUUUCACCUUCGUCUGAGUCAGGGGGUUCUGACCUGUGUGUCAGUGCACAACAUGCAAUAUUAUGUGAUGUUUGUGGACUCCAGGCUACAAUCUGAUUCAAUCUGUGACCAUCGCAGCAAUAUUAAUCAGUGUUAAAAUAUGAUCUGCAACUCUGACGGUUCAUUUGUAUUCUGCAUGGAUGUGUUGAACCUGGAUGUACAAUAUUCCCCUCAUGUCUUCAUGUUAGUAUUCCUUGUUGCUGGCCCGCCUGGAACUAAUUUAGUUUGCAAUAAGAGGGUGUUUUGCCAAUGAGGAAAAUGGAGGGGGAUUAAGGACUUUCUCAUUUCAAGAAAUAGAUUCACCGAGGCAUUUGAAUAGAUAAUAGCUCAGCCAAUUCUCCUGACUGCAAUCUUCUCAAAAUAGCCAAGGGCACUUUUUUUUUUCUUUAAAUUGACAUGCAUUUUUUGCUCCCUAGAAGACUAAAUCUGACCUUCCUUUUCAUUUACCCUUAUUUAUGAAGGUUACGUGAAUUAAGAGGAGAAAGCUUUUUGUCUCUCGCUGUUUUAUAAAACAAUACUCAUUAUUUUAAUCAUCUACAUUUGGGCAGAGGAACUCUAGCAUGGCUGACAAUCCUCUGAACAAGUACACAUUAUGUUUCACAACACAGCAGUCUCAUGGUAAUGUUUCUUUUUUUAUAUAUAUAUAAAAUGCAUGUCAAAUAGCCAAAGAUUUUGACCUGAUUGUCUACUGUGAAGAGUGUUAAAUACCCUCUAA